AUUUGCUGACUUGGACAGUGUUGAGCGGGUCAUUCAUAGGUGCCGUCAGCAGAUUGGCGAAACGGAUGUUAGGUGCGAUGUCGACCGCGGCCGUCAGUCGCAGGCAAACCGCGAGCGCGGAAGGUCGCGCUGUGUCCAUCAGCUAGUCACCCGAGACCGGCGUGAUCCUCUAUAAACAUCGCUAUCGACAACUUGUACACAAUAACGGUGUGAUAAAAACGAAAACAUUACCCGGAAGCGGUGUAGUCCCUGUCACCAAACUCAUUACUGGAUAAAUAUUUGCUGUGAUUAGUUUACUGUUUGUUAUGAUCUACGUUUCGUAAAGUAUUCCGUGAUAACAGGGUUGUGAUAUUUGGUUUAGUUAAACCACCUGUUGAUUAUUCGUGUUUAUGUGGAGCAGUAUCAGGAUUAUCAGUUGUUGCGUUACUUCGAUUAGUGGAUAACAGUUGGACGUGGGUGUUGCGUGGUGUCAGGCGGCUGGAAGAUGCCGGUGCUCGGUUACGAAAUGACAUCACAGGAGUUGUGCCCAAUGUACAGCACAGUCGACUAUAUGAUGGGUGGACAGCCACAUGGGUGGGAGAAGCACUCCAGUAACCAAUACUACGGGCCUGUAGUGCGCAGUCCGCCACAAGAGGCGCGGCCUGUCGUCACAUACAAUAACGAAGACAGUGAUAUGCAGCUAGAGACGAGCAGUAGUGAGGCGAGUGCAGCGUCGUCCGCGGCCCUAUCGCAGCACUGCGCCAUCUGCGGGGACCGCGCCACAGGCAAGCACUACGGAGCCUCCUCCUGCGACGGCUGCAAGGGUUUCUUCAGACGAAGCGUCAGGAAAAACCAUCUCUAUACAUGCAGAUUCAGUAGAAAUUGUGUGGUGGACAAAGAUAAAAGGAACCAGUGCAGAUAUUGUAGACUAAGGAAAUGCUUCAAAGCGGGAAUGAAGAAAGAAGCGGUACAAAACGAGCGGGAUCGUAUAAACUGCAGACGGCCAUCGUACGAGGAGCCGACACAGGCGAACGGACUGUCCGUCGUGUCGCUACUUAAUGCAGAGCUGCUCAGCAGGAAGGUUAUAGAUGAGACAAACAACAUUACAGAAGCUGAAAUAAGUAACUGCAAGUUGGCUAAAAUAAACGACGUGUGUGAUUCAAUAAAGCAACAGCUGCUGAUCCUGGUGGAGUGGGCCAAGUACAUCCCGGCCUUCACGGAGCUGCACCUCGACGACCAGGUGGCGCUGCUGCGGGCCCACGCCGGCGAGCACCUGCUGCUGGGCUGCGCGCGCCGCUCGCUGCAUGUCAGCGACGUCUUGUUGCUGGGCAAUAACUGCAUCAUUACUAAACAUAAUAUUGACGGUCGUAUGGACAUAGACAUCAGCAUGAUAGGCAUGCGUGUGAUGGAUGAGAUCGUGAAGCCGCUGCGGGAGAUCGACAUCGAUGACACCGAGUUCGCGUGUCUCAAGGCCAUCGUGUUCUUUGACCCUAACGCGAAGGGUCUCUCACAGCCUCAGAAGAUAAAACAACUCCGUUAUCAGAUUCAAAUCAACCUAGAAGAUUACAUCAGUGACAGGCAAUAUGAUGGCCGUGGUCGCUUCGGUGAGCUACUGCUCUGCCUACCCCCUCUGCAGAGCAUUACGUGGCAGAUGAUCGAACAGAUCCAGUUCGCCAAACUGUUCGGAGUGGCUCACGUCGAUAGUUUGCUGCAAGAAAUGCUGCUUGGAGGGGCAUCAACAGAAGCGGCCAUAGAAGAGCCGUCUCCCGAGGGUGCAGUGGACGCGGCCUCACCCAUGUCGUCAGCAUCCUCCCCACCGCUGGUUCCCCAGCUCCCACUACCGGAGCCCAGCUUCCUGGAGCCCUUCAAACAGGAACCCAACAUGAGCCCCGAACACAAUACCAGCAUGCUGAAGUCCGCAGACAUUACCUUAUUAUAGUGACAUCAUACAAACACCACACUUUUGUAGAACGAAAAGUUCUUUGGAAUAUUCCAGAAUGACGGUAAAUUAAUUAUCUAUGCGUAUGCAUUUGAAAACCGUUAUUUUAAAAUGAUUAUUUGAAAUCGUAACACUGAAAAACAUAUUGUUUUGAACAGUUGACACGCUCUUUUAUUUCGAGACUUUACAAUGAUAAUUGGGUGCUAAUAAUUUUGAGCACUUGUGAGUCUUCGUAAUAAAAGGGUUUAUAUUUAGUGUGAGUAAUAUUGAAAUAUAUUUUAGUUACAAAACGGUAACCAAGAUCAUGGAAACUCUUGCAAAGCUUUCGCCGAACCACUUGGCGUGCGUUUUUUCAAAUAUCUUUUUCAGUGUAUUGUUUUAUAUGUAUCGAUGUGCCUUGUAUAUUAUAUGAAUGACUGUAUUAAAUUACAAAAAUUGACUAUAUUUGUGAUCAAUUCAAUUAUUAUUAUCGUGUUUAAAAGUUAUUGGUACUUGAAAGCAUCGGUUUAUAUGUAAUUUUACUGUUUACCCCUAAUUAGAAUAAGUGCCUUUGUGAAUAAGAUAAAUAUGAGUGUAAGCAGAAUCGAGCAUAUCGCUGUAUUAGGCAGAAAUAAAAUUGCAGCUUUAAAGUAAGGAAAUUGCGGGAAAUGCAAUGAUAUAAAGUAUAUAAGGAAAUAGCCAUAGAUAAUUAUGUAAUGUAUAUAAAAUAUGAAACUGUAUGUAGCUUUUAUAAAAGAUCGAACAAUUUUUAUGAAAUAUUUAUAUACAAAAUGUUUAGAUGUUAAUGUUUGUGCCUGUAUUUUAUAUAAUUGUUUUUGUGAGUAGGUGUAGGAGGAGCGUUUGCCAAUUUUUUAUAUAAACUUAUUAUAUUACUAACUUUACAGACUCUAAUGCUACUCAAUUUUAUGUUUGUGUAGGUUUCAGUCUAUCUCUGUCAUUUUAAAGUGAAUUAUAAUGUUAGAGAUAUAUUUUAGAGCAUUUUAAAGUUGAGUGGCAUUCUAUAGUUCGGUGAUAAAAGUAGGUGUCGGAUUCUACAAGUGCUGUACAUCUGUCUCGGCUGUGUUACCCUGUAACAAACUUAAGGAAAAUUGCCCGCACUUGUUGAACUUUUAUACUAUUUUCUAGAUUAAUAUCUUAAUUUAUUUGGUGUCGAGUCAAAAUUUAAGCGCGGUACCGCGCUCUAGUAUUCGGACUAUGUAAGUUACCACGAUAGUAACAAGUAGGUGAUGGUAUUAUAAGAAACCAAUAGAGAACGUUAUUGACAGUUAGGUAGGAGUAAAGAUAUGAUUUAUAGGCAUUUUAUCUCGAUUAUAUUUACAUAGAAUUAUAUAUAUAUAAGUGAUUUUGUACGUGUCACAUAUGUAUUGUACGACACUGUUAUGUAGGUGAACCAUUUGUUAAUAAAUGCUCAAAGUAGGUAUGUUAUAUUUCAUUGUUACUUGAUUGGUGUAUACCGUUAUGUGGUGAAAGUUACUCUUUGCGUAUGAACUAUAUCAUGGGUUAAAAAGUCGUAGAAUUUAUUGUCAUUUAAGUUAAGAAAUAGGUGCCUUAUUGUCCUAUUGAGGUGUACUGUUGAAAAUGUACAUACUA